GCUACGGGGACGACGAAGACGAGGACGACCGCCGAGAAGUGCCGCCGACGACACGAACAUGCCGAGCGCGUCGUUCUCGUCGUCGCGCAGCUACGUACGGAGGUCGCGACGGAAAAACGCAAACAGGAUCCCUUUGCCAUCGAGGACUACUUCGGCCGAGCCAUGCGAUUUGCCAUGUCCAACGUCCAAUCAGAUCCUUCCGGGCGGUGGAGUUGGCGGUGGAGGCGGAGGAAGUGGUGGACGAGGCUCGUCCCCUAGUGUAUCCGGAGUAGCUGCACCGUCGCCGUCCCCCUCGCAGUCCCAUUCUUCACCGUACGAUCUUAGACGCAAAAGUCCACCUCAUCCGGAUCCUGCACCUGGUACCAGCUCAGCUCUGCCACCAUCGGGCGGAAGUAGCAUCGCGGCCACUUUUGGUUCAUCGUCGCUGCCAGCGAGGAAACGACCAAGGCGAACGUGUUCGCUGUCCACCGACGGUAUAAACACAAACACAGCAGCGCAUUAUCUUCAGUAUGAGCUACCGGAUGAGGUGCUGCUCACGAUAUUCAACUAUCUCAUGGAGCAGGACCUUUGCCGAGUGUCGCAGGUGUGCAAGCGUUUCCAGGCGAUCGCGAAUGACACGGAGCUGUGGAAAUCACUGUACCAGCAGGUCUACGAGUACGAUCUGCCGCUGUUUAACCCAGCUCCGUGUAAAUUCGAGUUCGUGUCGCCGGACGAGUCCGAGUACCCGAAUCCAUGGAAGGAGAGCUUCAGGCAGCUGUACAGGGGCGUGCACGUGCGGCCCGGCUUCCAGGACCUCAAGUUUAAGGGUCGCAAUCUGCCGUACUUCAACACGGUUCAGGGGGCGCUCGACUACGUCGACGAGUACAGGAGCAACAACAACAGCAGCAGCAGCACAUCCACUACGAGCGGGAAUACGAGCGGAAGCAGCGCGGCUCCAGGAGGCCAGGGUUGUUGCAACAGCAACUCGCAGACGAAUGGUGAAGACACGACGACGCAGCAUCUAGUGUUUCUGCACGCUGGAACGUACAGAGGUGAAUUCCUCGUGAUCGACAGCGACGUGGCGUUGAUUGGUGCAGCGCCGGGCAACGUCGCGGAGUCGGUCAUCCUGGAACGGGAAAGCGAGUCGACGGUAAUGUUUGUCGAAGGGGCGAAACGUGCGUACGCCGGGCAUCUCACGUUGAAGUUCACGCCCGACGUGACCAGCACUGUGCCUCAUCACAAGCACUACUGCCUAGAAGUUGGCGAGAAUUGCAGUCCCACCGUUGAUCACUGUAUCAUCAGAAGUUCUAGCGUUGUCGGCGCUGCGGUGUGUGUCUCCGGCGUGGGUGCGAAUCCACUGGUGAAGAACUGCGACAUAUCGGACUGCGAGAACGUCGGUCUGUAUGUCACCGACUACGCUCAGGGCACCUACGAGGACAACGAAAUUUCGCGCAACGCUCUGGCCGGCAUCUGGGUGAAGAACUACGCGAACCCGAUCAUGCGACGGAAUCACAUUCACCACGGGCGUGACGUCGGGAUCUUCACAUUCGACAACGGGCUGGGCUACUUCGAGGCGAACGACAUCCACAACAAUCGCAUAGCCGGCUUCGAGGUGAAGGCUGGCGCAAAUCCCACCGUCGUGCACUGCGAGAUACACCACGGCCAGACGGGCGGCAUCUACGUUCACGAGAACGGUCUCGGGCAGUUCAUUGACAACAAGAUACACUCGAAUAACUUUGCCGGCGUGUGGAUCACGUCGAACUCGAAUCCGACGAUACGUCGAAACGAGAUAUACAACGGCCACCAGGGCGGCGUGUAUAUAUUCGGCGAGGGCCGCGGCCUGAUCGAGCACAAUAAUAUUUACGGUAAUGCGUUGGCCGGUAUACAAAUUAGAACAAACUCUGACCCGAUAGUGCGGCACAACAAGAUACACCACGGCCAGCACGGCGGCAUUUACGUUCACGAGAAGGGCCAGGGCUUGAUCGAGGAGAACGAGGUCUAUGCAAAUACUCUCGCGGGUGUUUGGAUCACGACGGGUUCGACGCCGGUGCUCAGGAGAAACCGGAUUCAUAGUGGCAAACAGGUCGGCGUGUAUUUCUAUGACAACGGCCACGGCAAGUUGGAGGACAAUGAUAUCUUCAAUCAUUUAUACUCGGGAGUACAAAUAAGGACCGGCAGCAAUCCGGUGAUACGUGGCAACAAGAUAUGGGGCGGGCAGAACGGAGGCGUACUCGUGUACAAUAGCGGCUUGGGCUUACUCGAGCAGAACGAGAUCUUCGACAACGCCAUGGCGGGAGUCUGGAUCAAGACCGACAGCAACCCGACUCUCAAGAGAAAUAAGAUCUUCGACGGACGAGACGGCGGUAUCUGUAUAUUUAACGGUGGCAAAGGUGUUCUGGAAGAGAACGACAUAUUUCGCAAUGCGCAAGCGGGUGUGCUAAUCUCGACGCAGUCGCAGCCGAUCCUGAGGAGAAACCGGAUCUUCGACGGGCUGGCUGCCGGUGUCGAGAUCACCAACAACGCCACUGCCACGUUAGAGUACAAUCAGAUAUUCAACAAUCGGUUCGGCGGGCUCUGUCUAGCCAGCGGCGUCCAGCCGACCACUAGAGGCAAUAAAAUCUUCAACAACCAAGACGCGGUGGAGAAGGCAGUGGGGAAUGGCCAGUGCCUCUAUAAGAUAUCGUCGUACACCUCCUUUCCCAUGCACGACUUCUAUCGCUGUCAGACGUGCAACACGACAGACCGCAACGCGAUAUGCGUCAACUGCAUAAAGACCUGCCACGCCGGUCACGACGUCGAGUUCAUCAGACACGAUCGAUUCUUCUGCGACUGCGGUGCUGGCACGUUGAGUAACCAAUGCCAGCUGCAAGGCGAGCCUACGCAGGACACGGACACUUUAUACGACAGCGCGGCUCCUAUGGAAUCGCAUACACUUAUGGUUAACUAGGAACUAACGUAAACUAAUUUAAACAAUCAAACGAUGUUAGAGCCGUAAGUCCAAGUAACUAUCGCGAGCGCACGCACGUCGUAAGCCGCCGAGUUCUUCAUUAGGAUUCUCGAGAAUCCUCGCGAGUCCAUACUCGCGAUUGUUGAUUAUUUUGCGGUUACUCGAGGAAACUGUCCGUUGUUUUCCCCGGGGCCGUGUAACCAUUGACUGUUGUUGACGUAUCAUCAUUAUCGUUGCAUUACGUGUGUUGCGCAAUGUACCGCCCGUUUAUUUUUCUCGUCGAGAUCAUGAUUUCUUGCUGCGUAUUCAUCUCCCGCGUGUUGUACGUGUUUUUUCCCUCAUUUAACGAAUUUCUGCUUCUGAUGAUUCGUUGUGUUCGGUAACGAAAAUUCUUACGUUUUACGUACACAUUAGAAAGAAAAUAGUUUGCUAUAUUUUCACGCGCGUGUCAUUCAUCCACCGAUGAUUGGCGAAUGAUGGGUGAAUAAUUCUCCCUGUCGACACGCAAAACUGACGCGAAAACUGAUCUCGAUCGUAUUUCGAAUUUUAUUGCGAAUAUUGUUAACUUUUUUUCUUGUUUAAUUCUUGUUGAAAAUUUAUCAAGGGGGGGAAGCUAAUUGUAGAUCUCUCCAUCUCGGUCGAAGCUAAUGACGAACUCGGCGCAUGAAAAAAACGCCAAGAGAGAUGGUAGUAAUAAAGUAACGAGAUGAAACCCUCAUAUGUAAAACGCAGUAUAAUAUUAGGUAUAUCAAAUUAAUUAAUUUAAAUGUGUAAACGAGGGAGGGAGGGAGGAGGGAGCGCUAGGCUAAUCGUAAAGGAGGAGGAGAAAAAAAUUGAACUUUUCACGUAGUCCUUUUUAUCGAAGUUCUCUGCGAAAGAAAAACGAAAGAAAAAAAAGAAGUAUUAAAGAAUCUUUGCGCGUAAAAAAGUGAAGUGCAUUCGUGUAAAAAAACCAGAAGAGAACGGAGGGAGGAGAGAGAGAGGAAGGGAGGAGAGGAGAGGGCAGCAACGUGUGUAUACGCCAUAAUAAGGAUACUUGAUACGCCUCGUAACAUGCUCUAAUGAACUAUUUGAGGACUAACGAAACGCCGCGGUGAACGUGCAGACAGGAGGAACGCGAGCGUUGGGCUCACGCCGUUCGUGCGAAGCGGCGGCGCGCGUGUCCGGGAUAUAUGUAAAUUGUGUAAAUCGAGCGCGGAGAGCGAGUAGCGACAUUGAGACUAUAUAUUACCUACUUUCCCGAGCAGAAGCAUCAACAUCUCGAUAAGAUAACGAUAUACAUACAUCGUAUAUAUAUAUAUAUAUAUAUAUAUAUAUAUAAAAUAUAGGAAUAAAAAAUUUGCACUCGACAGUUAAUAAAGGGAAUGGACUACGAUGUGUAAAAAAAAAGAAAAGAAAAGACGCUACGAAAGCGUGCGCGCGUCGUGAUCGGGAACGCUGAAUCACAUCCGUGCGACCAGAGAGAGAACAGGAAGAGAAGAAGGAAGGACCGACGGCACCCAUGGAAUAUCAUCGUCAACGUCAACGUACCGACACAACUGUGUGCAAUGUUCGUCGAUGGAGACUACUCAUCGAAUCCGUGCGGUACGCACGGCGGAGGCGAAACGUGAGAAGGACGAAGGCGAGGCAGGGGAAGAGGGACGAGGAAGCGACGGGGAAUCCAGAACGCGAGGAUCCGCGAAGACGCAUCCGCGGCACGAAUGUCUAAAAUAUGUGAUAUACGAAACUCAUACACACACACACACACGGAGACGUACGCAUACACAGGUGACAUAAUCAAAAUGAAGAUGGAGCCUCUGCUAAUUUUUCGACUUGAACGUACCUCGUAAUUCGUAACGCGCAACGGUUUCCAUUUAAUAAUCGCUGGUGAAACACGUGAUGGUCCUAAAAAAUGUCGCCUCUCUUCCCUCUUACGGGCGAAGUGCAUAAUAAGUGGACGAGAAAGAGAGAGGGGGGGUAAAUGUUCAAAGUUAAAUUAACGUCGAAGAGUGCGGUGAAGGGUGGUGCGGAGAAAUGGGAGGAGUGCGCGCACGUGGGACACACUACGACGGGGUGUAAUACCAGUGAGACGGAGAGAAGGGGAGGAGGAGGAGGAGGAGUUGAUGAGCGGAAAAGGAAAACGUAAAAAAAAACGUACUGUCCGAGGAACAGUUUUUAAAAGUAAUCUCGAAUUUUUCAGAGUAAUCCGAUUUUUUUAAUUAUUACGUUAGUGGAUAAAAAGAAGAAAGAAAGCGAGCGAGAGAGAGAGAGAGAGAAAAAGAGGGGUGGAGGAAAAGGAGGAUAAAAAGAAGGGCAGGAGUCUAAUCGCAUUAAUGUUGUAAUUGUAAUUUUCCCGGGAGCGACGCGCGCUCCCGUGCGAGAACAAGGAAGCGCCUAUUAGCGAUAUAAUUUUAGACCGAGAUCAAGCUUUAUUUACGCAAGCGGUCCAUACGCAAAUAUACAGAUAAGUAGGGAAGGAGAAGUGGCGAACGUGUGUGUAUUGUCGUGACGCGAAUCACUGUUGCGAAUUUCGUGCCGAGAGAGAGAGUUUCGGCGAGCGAGCGAGCGAUUCGUUAUCGUACGUACCACUGUACCGCACGCGUUGUCCUUUGUGCGUCGCACUCGGCGCUGCGCCGGAUGAAAAGGUGCCUUUUGUGUUCGCCAAUUCUGAUACAGUAUACGUCGUCCUUGUGCGUAUCGCAGCGAAAAUCGUGCGUGACGACGCACACGAGCGACUAGACAGGGGGAGAUAUUGUGCAAGAUGAUAUUCAAUAUCGAUUGAUAUUCAGGCGAGAAAGGCAUUUUUCACGCGCGCACGCUGCAUCAGAUCCUUUCGAGGCGAGAAAGGAACCGAUCGAUAAGACGCGUCGGAUCCUUCAGGUUCCUCUCGCCGACGAUGCGCCGUGCGAUGGUCCGUUACCUCGUUCGUCGACGUUUGUUUCUCCGAUGAACGGGCUUCUGUGGAUCCCUCUUCGUGUGCGACGCUGCGGGAGGAACGCGAACGUGACUCUUCUCUUCCGUCUGUUGCCUCUCGUUGUCCCUCGUCGUCGAAUACAAACGCGGAUGCGUAAUCGUAAUUAUAAUUAGAACAUUAUAAUUCGCUCGCGUCAAUCAUUUGUAAAUUACAUUAAUUUAAUUUCGAACGAUUUCCGCGACUCGCGGCAGUCUGUCUUGUAUGCGACACGUGUGCACGGAGGCCCGCGACUGUGAAUGCGUUGUUCUCCCUUAUCGCGAUUGUGACCGGAAAAAAAGGAAGAGUUUCGCGCACACGUCAUUUUUCUUCUGGAAAAAUGGAAGUCCCGCAACGAAGCCCUCGGAAGGGAAGAUUCAUCAUCGUCGCGCGCGCGAGCGUUUCUCACCACCUCGCGUACGCCGAGGAAAAGAAUCUCGCCAGCACGACGCAAUGUCGCGGCAAUUCUCAAAACUGUCGCUGCUACUGCUCGCUCGAUGAUGAUCUGCAAGCAAGCGUCUCGAAUCUUUCACAUUGAUCGUUCUCCAUUACUUAUUCGACAAAAUCUUUUUGUUGACAUUCCCGGCGCAUUUCUCUGUAAGAACGAACAACAACAAUUCGCUGAUCUGAGAGUCUUGAAAAUCUUUCGUAUUGUUGUCUGCUUCUGGAAAAGUCAGAAAAAGUCUGCCGAGAGACUCGUGAAUUCACGAUCAAAGUAAUAGAGUGACGGCUUUGCGUACUACUGAAGCAGGUAGCUUUUGCGAGCGACCCUAGUAUGAUUUUCUAAGACACUUGGGGGACGUCACACGUGACACACACACAGACCGACCGAGACACACACACACACACACACACACAGCAGUCAAUUUAUCAUUACAACGAGAUAAUUUGCAAAUUCCAAGAGAACCCUCGGUGGCAGAGCGAGCCUCGUUCUCUGGACGGGUCUUCCCGCUGUUCGUACAAUGACCAACGAACUCGCCGCGACAGUGACAGAUCCCGGCGUGUCGGCGCCAUUCUCUUCCCCCGUUUCAAGUGUGUAUGUUGAGUAAUGUCUCGAAUACGUUGUCUUCUCCUUUCUUCUUCUUUUGUUUUCUUCUUUUCGCGUGCGCAACAGCUGUGUAUGCGAACCGAGAGAGCAGCGAUUCGUGGACCCCGUAAUAGCAGCACCCCGAGACCGUCGCCUCCGCUUCCGCUCGAGCGUACGCGCCUCCACGGCGCUCGCAACCCUUCGCGUGACCUGAAACUCGGAGAGAAAGGGAGAGAGAAGGGAGAAAGAGAGAAGGCGUGUAGGGCGGCACGCGCUGGCAGACGCGGGAGAUGAGGGUAGAAAUGUGUAGGCUUUCCCGCACAAAGGACCCCGGCGCGACACAAUGGGUCGCGAGACUCUCGUGUUCGGCUGCGUAUUCGCGAUCCCGUGUUUCCGUUUCUCCUUGUUGUUGAAUGCGUUAGGGAUGAAGCUCGAUCAAUGUAGCAGCCCCAUCCCCGGCCGCCGUUCUGUUUGUCGUUCUCGAGACUGACGUUAAACAAAAGGCUCCGCUCGCCCGUCAGGGCGAUCAUCGAAAUCGCUUCACGCCCGCGAGAUGAGGCUUCAGGAACGUGAACGAGCGAGCUUUCCUUGAUGAAAGAGAGGCGAGGGGGCAGAGCGAAGGUAAAGCGCGAGCGACAUUCUCGCGAACAGCAGUAUGCGUGCUCUUCCGGUCGUGUAGCAGGGAAUGUAGCGGACAGCAGGGUCGCAGCACGAUGCCGCGAUCGCGCGUUGAUUACGCGUGCCGGAUUGUCGAGCUCUUAAUCGGAUCACUCGCAAUUAGCGCAACUCGAACCGACGCGGCACGGCCGAUUAUCCGGACGCUGGCUGGUACGUCGUCCCCCCUCCGGCGAUCGAUACUUGGACGCACAAAAGGGCAUAAAUUUUUAAUUUAUAUCUAUAAGCAUAUAUAUAACAUUAUAUAUAUGUUAUAAAAUGUUCUGUUUGUUUUGUUGCUAUAUUUAUGUUUUAUUUAUUAUUAUAUACAUCUCGCGUUUCUCAUUGAACAUUUUAUAUAAUGAUCGACGGGGACUCGGCGUUCGGAUGAUCGGAUGAGCCUUGUCCAAUGUUCAAUUUAAUCGUCAUUAUGAAAACAUCAUCAUGAAAAAUGCUGAUGCACGUAUCUCGAACGCUGGAAAAUGUUCCACGGGCAGAUCAUUCGCGCUGAUGAUCGUCCCUGAAACAUUCAAUUCUCGACGUCAUCAACGUCGUCUUAUAUGAUCGCAUUAUUAACUGAAUUAUGUGUGUUCAUGUCAAUCAGGCAGCAGACUCGGUCGCGCAGAGUCGCUCCGCGUUUCACCGGCUUUUCCGCGGAAAGAGAAGAACGAGCGCAAGGAGGGAUCGUUCUUCAGUUCAGUUGCGUUUGAUCGCAUCGAAGCGAGUAGGAAAACCGGCCGUCAGAUCCCUUCACAAGCUUCAGUCCCCGAUUGGAUCCUCGAUCGCUCCUCUCCGUGGAUUCCAGUAACGUCCAUCGACGUCGACGUCAUCCCACCCCCUCCUCCUCCCUCCGGAUUUCAGCAGGUACUUGCCAUUAUCACGUUAGUUGCCAUAGCCCCGGUGCGGUAACGGAAGAAGCUAGGUAGCUUUAAGAGCACACACUCACACACAUACAUACACAUACACACGAGACACACCGAGCGUUGUCGUGCAAGCACACACACGGAUCCGCGAAACUGCAACCGAUACCAGUACGUAUAUGAUGUAAAUAUUAAAAACUUGAUCAUUAUACAUAAAUAUAUAAUUAUAUAUGUGUGCACGUGGCGCGCGCGGGCGUGCGCGUGUGCGCGGACGAGCGCGCCCGUCCGUGCUCCGCGUACUGAUUGCACUAUUAUAUAAAAAAAUAUAUAUAUAUUAUUGUCGAUUAUAA